AUGGCGAGCCUCACGCACCCCCUGCUCACCGCAUUCCGCGCGUCCAAGCCCGCAUUCGGCGCCUGGAUCACGCUCCCGGGCGUGCUCUCCGCGCGCACCGCGGCCGCGUCCUCCCCCCACCUCUCUUGGGUGGUCCUCGACUGCGAGCACGGCGCGAUCUCCAUCCAGCCCGGUGCGGCGGAGAGCGCGCACGCGAUCGCGGGACUCGGGGCGGCCGCCCCGACGACGAUUGUGCGCAUCCCCGCGACGGGCGCGUGCGCGGACGGCAGCGCGGGCUGGCAGAUCAAGUAUGUCCUCGACGCGGGUGCGCGGGGCAUAAUCGUCCCCAUGGUGUCGACGCGUGCGCAGGCAGAGUCUGUCAUCGCAGCGUCGCGGUUCCCGCCGCGGGGCGUGCGCGGGUUCGGGAGCCCGUUCACGCACCUCGCGUGGGGCACCAGCGCGAGCGAGUAUCUCGCGCAGGCGAACGACGCGAUUAUUGUCCUCGUGCAGAUCGAGACCGCCGCGGGCGUCAAGAAUCUCGACGACAUCCUCUCCGUUGACGGACUCGACGGAGUGUUCAUCGGCCCGUACGACCUAUCCCUCUCGCUCGGCUUCCCCGCGCCCUCGCCCGACCCGCACCCCGAGGUCGAGAAGGUGAUCCAGAGCAUCCUCGCGUCUGCGCACGCAAAGGGUAAAAAGCGCGAUGUUCUGCACGUCUGGCUCGCAGGCCGCACAGCGCGCCAAGGAGGGCUUCGACAUGAUAAACGUCGGUACCGACAGCACCGCGAUGGCGGAGAGUCUCGCACGGAACCUCGCGAUCGCGGCGGGGACGGGAGAGGGCCAACAGGGCUUCGGCUACUAAGGGAAGGGCUUUCAAAGAUCCUGGUUCAUCAGUUCUGUGUACAAUGUCAAUAUAGGAUGACGCUGGUCUACCGGUGUUACUCCCACAUCCAACCACCUAGAGGAAACCCCUCAUAUAUGAGCAUCCUAUCGAGGACCACGACCUCCAGCGUUACGCGCGCGAGAGCGGCGGCAGAAAACUGGGGCGCAACCUUCGCAUGCCACUCCGGAGCGAUAUCUCUCCACAUGCUCCAGUUGAGGACACGAAUCUCGAGGCACCGAGGACAUCGCGGUGACUCUUCUAUGAUGUCUGACAAGUCACCGAUCUCCUGCAAUACGCGCUGGGGGUCGGCGGGGCUGUGCGCGAGGUCCACCACGAACCGGUCCAGGCACCGCGCGGGCGGAAGGUUGACGAGCAGCUCAGAGACGAAGCGCAUAUGAAGGAAGGCGCUGAAGACGCUGCGGACUCUCGUCGCGGUGAUGGUCUCGAGGGAUGAACAGGCUGCUAGAAAUCGCAGAAAUGUCUCGUAAUCUGCCUCGACUCCCGCCUCCGACAUACUGUAGUCGACCACGAUGGAUCGCAGCGCCUUGGGGUCGGCGGCACCAAAUAGCACGCAGAGCCCUGGCAGCAGUUUCCAGCUUCCGACGAUCGCAAUGUGCCUAAGCUUCAGCCAGCCUCUCUUGACGAACGGAGAGUUGCAGGGCAUCGUAUGAGAGCAAGUAGUCGUACUGGGCUGUAAGUAGCACGGAUAGACCCUCAGUACGGACGCUCGGGCAGAGAGCAAAGACUGUAUUCUGUACCUGUAAGUAGCACGGAUAGACUAAACAAGUACGGUGAGCUACAGUACGCGGGACAACGAGUGGACAGCAGACUUACCCCUCAGUACGGACGCUCGGGCAGAGAGCAAAGACUGAGGGGCGUCGUCCGCGAGAGGGCGGGUAUAUCUGAGGAACGAGCGAGUGGUAACGAACGAGGCGCGGGCGCCGCGCCUGGAGCGCGGCGCGGCUAAAUAAACGCAUAAACGAGGCAGUCACUAAAUAGGAAACCAUCGCAAGCUCGAGGCGGGCGGCAGUGUAUCGUAAUCAGAGAGGCACGGGCGUAAAGUAAAAAGCGAACGGGAAAACGGUCCGAGGUAGACGGCCGACGCAGACGUCGGCCGCCACGGAUUGUUGCUCCAACACACCCCCUCAAUCCUAGAGCAGACCGAGGGCAGUGGCGAAGUGCUUGACCUUUGGCGAGGGAAGAGCCUUCGUAAGGACGUCGGCAACCAUGUCUUCAGUCGGGCAGUAGACGAGGUGGAUCUUCUUGUCUUCAAUGACCCAGCGGAUGAAGUGGUAGCGGAUAUCGAUGUGUUUGGUGCGGGCAUGGUACUGGUUGUCGCGUGCGAGGGCGAUCGCGGACUGGUUGUCCGAGUUGAGCGUGAUGGGGUCGACGAAUGGGGCGAAGACUUGACCGAUGAGCGAGCGCAGCCACAACGCCUCCUUCGCAGCAUGUGUGACGGCGACGUACUCGGACUCAGUCGUCGAGAGCGAGAUGAGCUCCUGGCGCUUCGAGCUCCAAGAAACGGCGCCGCCGUCGAUGAGGAAGGCGUAGCCCGAGAUGGCCUUGCGGUCCUCAUGCAUCGAGCCGUCGGCGUCCGAGUAGCCGACGAGGUCGAGCUCCGUCGCGCCAUACGUCAGCUUGAGGUGCUUUGUGCCAUGCAGAUAGCGCAAAACGCGGCGCACGGCGUCCCAGUGCGUGCGGCCCGGGUUGUCAGAGAAACGCGAGAGGAUAGAGACGGCGUACGUGAUGUCAGGUCGCGUGCCGAGCGAGGCGUACAUGAGCGACCCGACUGCUUCACGAUACGGCACGUCGCGCAUGGCGCCAAUCUCAGCGGGCGUCGACGGGCUCUGAGCAACGGUGAGGGCGACGUGGGGGUCCAUCGGCGUGGAGAUGGGCUUCGCAUCCUCGAGCCCGAAGCGGCGGACAAUCGACUCGAUGUAGGCGGUUUGCGAGAGCGAGAGGCGGCGGUUUGCGCGGUCACGCUCAACAGCAAACCCAAGGAUCCAGUGGAUCUCGCCUUCGUCCGAGAUCUCGAAAGCUUCACGGAGCUUGGCCUUGACCUCGCGGAUGAGGGCGUCAGUGGCAGCAACGACAGUCAAGUCAUCGACGUGGACGACAAUGACAAUGAGGUCGGUCCCAUCGACACGAUAGAAGACGGCUUGAUCGACGUCCGACUGUGACAUACCGAGCUUGUCGCGGAGAACCCGCAACAGCUUCUUAUGCCAGUGGCGUGCACUCUGCUUGAGACCGUACAGCGGGCGGAGGAGGCGGAGGGCGAGCGACUUAUCGUUCGUGAUGUUCGAUCCUGGAGGCACGGCCAUCCAGAUCACCUCGUUCUCCUCGAACUCGCCGUUCAGGUACGCACUUUUCACGUCGACUUGGUGAACUUCAAAGUCGUGGCGUGCAGCGAAUGCGAGCGCGAUGCGAAUGGACGCGGUCUUGGCAACAGGUGCAUAUGUGUCGAAGAAGUCGACACCCGGGAUCUGCGAGAAUCCACGGGCGACGAGGCGUGCGCGGUAGCGAUAGACGUUCCCGGAGGCGUCCUUCUUGGCAUGGAAGACCCACCGGCAGCUCACGAUGUUCGCACCCGGCGGUGGCUUCUCAAGACACCAUGUUUUGUGCGCCUCGAGUGCAUGGAGCUCCUCCUCCAUCGCCUCUUCCCAGCGUGGCCACUCGGGCCUUCGCUUCGCCUCAGCGAGCGAACGCGGGUCGAGCCCUUCGACCUCAGCCAUCUGUGCGGCCAUGGCAGCGCUGCCGAUCUCUUCGACAAGAAGAUCUUCCACAGCGCGCAGCUCCUCGGCUUCACGCUGCUCGUGCAGCGUAGGGAGUGGUGCAGCAGGUGGCAGAGCCUGCGUGCGAGGGCGAGACGAGCGGCGGGUCGUGCUAGGCAAGUCGGCAGCGGGAGUCAGAGCAGCAGGGGCGUCGUGUGGGGCAGCAGGCGGAGCAGCAAGGGGCGCAGCAGGCGGUUCAGCAGGCAGAGUGGCAGGCAGAUCGGCAGGUAGCGGUCCAGCGUCUUCCUCGAGCGGCUCGAGCGAUGGCUCGUCGGGCUUGUCCUGUGCAUCUCCUUCGCCUGACUCGGAGUCAUCCACCCCCUCAAGCUCGACAGCAUCAGAGUCGAGAUCGAGAGGAAGGCCGGGGUCAGCGAAGCGCAGGCUACGCUCCACUGUGACAGUACGGCGGUCAGGCCAAUAGACACGCGAGCCUUGGCUCUGCGCAUCAAACCCGACCCAACGGCCGCACUUUGCACGCUCGCCAAGCUUCCCAUCAGUCGUGUCGUGCACCCAAACCUUCGAACCCCAGACAGGAAUGCCACGCAUGUCCGGCGGCGUGCCGGUGACAGCCUCGAACGGUGUGCGACCGUCGAGUGCCUUCGUUGCGGUGCGGUUCUUCAGCCAUGUGGCGUGCAUGGCGGCCUCGCCCCAGAGGAAAGGCGGCAGUCCUGACGUGAUCAUCAUCGCGCGGACCUUCUCCAUGAGCGUGCGGUUAAGGCGUUCCGACACGCCUGCCUCUUCGGAGGUGUCAUGCACCGAGAGCUUGUACUCGAUGCCACGCUCGUCGAGGUAGUCCUUGAACUCAUCGCUGAGGUACUCGCCGCCGCGAUCGACGUUCAGGAACCGGAUUUGGACGCCAUGGUGACGUUCCAACCACGCCUCGAAUGCCUUGAAAGAUUCGAAGGCCUCGCUCUUCUUCCGCAGGAGGUAGAGCGUCGAAUGGCGUGACUUGUCAUCAGUGAAACUGAUGUAGUACUUGCGGCCGCCAAUGGUCACAGUGCGAGCAGGUCCCCAGACAUCCGAGUGGAGCUCUUCGCCGAACUCAGUCGCACGCUCGCCCUGGCGUUCCGUAGGGACAGGUUUGCGCGAUGACUUCGCACGGAUGCAGGCUUCGCACGGCUUCGACUCGCCGGACUUAACCAGCUUGACGCCUGUUAUGUACCCCUUCGAGACGAGCUCGCGGAUCGAGCGAAUGGCGAUAUGACCGAAACGACGAUGUGCCUCAUCCUCGGUGAGCUCUUCGAGAGAAUCCGACGCCGCAUGCGCAGCUGCUGUCUCCCGCUCGCGAGUCACGAUGUAGAGCCCUCCAGACUUUGGGAUACGGCCGACAGUUUGACCGUCUUCUGCAACGAUGACACAUUGCCCAUCAGCGAACGUUGCGGAGCAUCCAGCGUCGUCGAUACGGCCGAUGGAGAUGAGGUUGAACCCAAGCGACGGGGUGUACAGGACCCCAGUGAGCGUGAUACGGGAGUCGGCGGCAGGUGCAUUCGGGAUCGAGACAGGCAUCUCUCCGACACCCUUGGCGAGGAAUUGCUGCUGGUUUGCGGCAUUCAGCGGCUUGUUCGCAGUGGCGGUGAACGAGAUGAAGUCCUCGCGGUACGGCGACAUGUGAUGCGUGGCUCCCGAGUCGUACAGGUCGACGACCUGGUUGGUGGUGGCAGCAGCAGCGAUCGGAGCGUGCGCAGCAGCAGCACGAGCUGGCGAAGGGACGUCAUCGGGCCCCAGGGCAUUGCGGACCCAGUCUUCGACGUUGCGCAUGCGUUCCGUCAUAGGAACUGGCUCCGGCGCGGGCGUCGGCUCGUCCUCUUCGGUCGGACCAGCAGCAUGGUCGUCUUCAGCAGACGACAGCACAGACGAGGCGGUGACGGUCUGUAGACCCGGCAUCGAGUCAGAGUCAGUGUCGGACCCCUCAGUGAGUGCGGUGUAGCCAGAUAGGCCGGCGGACGACCAGGCAUCGUCGCCGUCCUCGCUAGACUCGUCGUCGGUCUCGACACUGGCAGCGGCGUACACGGCAGACCAUGCUCCUUCGUAGCCGGGGGCUUGCGGGGCCUCCACGAUGCGAGUUGGGCGUGCAACAGCGACGUUUGCAGCUCCUGCAGCGGGCUUCGUUUCAUUCGGCUUCGAGUGGCCUUUGCCCUUCGAGCUGUCGCUCUUGGGGCUCGGGCACGACGCCUCACGGUGACCCUUCCCACCGCAGUUCCAGCAUACACCGACAGGACGUUGCGGUCCCUUGCCACGGCCCUUCCACUUCGGCUUCUCCGUCGAGACAGCGCUCGCAGCUACACCUGUGUCCUUCGGCUUCUUGCUCUUCUUCUCGUCACGACGCCGCUCCCACUCCUCGAGUACGAGCUCGAGCAUGAGGUCUGGCUCGAUGGCCGGCGGAGUCUCAGUGGUGGUCGACGAGGUAGACGCUGUUGCGGGAGUGAGGCGAGCGUGAAGCUUCAUCUGCGCGGAUAGCUGCGAGAUGAAAGCGGACAGGGUGUCGGGAAGGAAGUUGAUGAUGACCGAAGCGUACUCGGUGUCUGAGACGGUGAUGUCGUACGUGAGCAUGUUUUCGUAUGCGAGCUGGAGGCGGUCGAUCUCUGAGCGAAGGUCUUGGCCGGGAUCGGCACGCAUGUUCAGGAAGUCGCGGCGAAGGUUUGAACGAGCGAGGAGUGACUUGCUCGUGAACUCCUGAACGAUGGCUGCCCAGACCUUGGACAAGUCUCCCUUGCGCUUGUGCUUAGCAUAUGUGGCGGGCGCUAUCUUCAGCGUGAGGAGAUAGAGAGCGAAAUUCUCCUUCUUCUCCCAGGCGGCAAUAGCAGUGGUUUCGGCGGGUGUUGCCGUGUCCCCGGCCUGCGCGGGACGUACCGAAGUGCCAUCAAAAUGUCCCCAAACCUCCUUCUGCUUCACGGCGAUGGUGAACUGCUGCUCGAAAAGCAGCCAGUUUGAUCCCUUCGAAUCGAGCUUCUCCACGCCGGCGAUGAAGUCCGACAGCGACGGCGAGUUGGUCGACGACAUGGCGAGGAGAUGAUGACAAGAUAGGGUGGAAGAUGAUGGGAUGGGAGAAGCGAGUGUGGGCGAAUAAGCGAGUGGUUCUGCGCGGUUUGUGAGUCUUUUCAGUUAAGGCCGCGCAGGGCUCAUAACCUAUGAGAGCAAGUAGUCGUACUGGGCUGUAAGUAGC